CCUUUCUAGUUUCUACAUUCAUCAACCAAUGGGAGAAAGCAAAACUCUUCCAACAUAUUUUUGCAGAAACUGUGAAAAUCCACUAGCUCUCGGUGAAGAUCUCAUCUCCAAAAAAUUCGUGGUUACUUCGGGGGCAGCGUUUAUGUUUUCGCAUGCGAUGAACGUGGUGGUUGGACCGAAGAUUGGGAGGAAACUGAUAACCGGAUCGUACGUGGUGGCAGAUGUCAUGUGUAGCAAGUGUGGUGAGACGUUAGGUUGGAAGUAUGUUGAGACCUUCAAUCUUAAACAGAGGUAUAAGAGCAUGUGCAGCAGAGGUUCAGCCCGGGUUCAGGCCCAAAAUCCAAUGCACAUUCGAAUUUAAAAAAAAAGAAAAUGGGCUUAAUUUUGACGAUUCGGUAUCGUCCGGACUUGAGGAGACCGUCUCAUGGCCACGUGUUGUGCGCUGGUUGGUGGAGAAUUCGGAAAGUGGGUGGGACAAAAAAAAUUUGGGUCAUCGUGCAUUUCUCUUUUUGCUUCAGCCAAAUUUUUUUUUUCUUUCUCUCGAAGGUGAUUUUAUGGCGACUUCACGGAAUCUCGUCGACAACGACAAAUCAACCGUCAGAAAUAGUUUCCCAUCGUCCAGCUUCUCUUCUUAUCAUCCUGGUAAGAGUUCUUCUCCAUUAAAUUAGUCGGUAAAAAUCGAAUCGGGAUUUUAGGGUUUCGAAUUGGGGAAAAUUUUUUUAGGGUUUUUUCUUCGAUUAAAUUUGGGGAAAUCGAUUCGAUUGUCUGUCUGUGUGUGUUUGCUAUCAAUUCUUCUAUGCGAGUUAAUUUGCAUGACGAUUAGAGUUAAAAUUAGAGUUUUCGCGAAUUUGGGGAAUUUUUUUUUAGGGUUUUUUCUUCGGGUAAAAUUGGGGAAAUUGAUUCGAUUGUCUGUGUAUGUGUGUUGUUUGCUAUCGAUUCAAAAUGGGCAACAUUUAUACAAUCAAUUCAGCUUCCUCAAGGAGCCAAAAACAAGUUUUUUGCAACAUCUCAAGAAUCCGUCCGAAAAGAUGUGGAGCGUGCAUUUGGAGUUUUGCAAGCUAGAUAUGCGAUAAUAAAAAAUCCAGCUCUUUUUUGGGAUAAAGAGAAAAUUGGGAAAAUUAUGCGGGCAUCUAUCAUAUUACACAAUAUGAUAGUUGAAAACGAACGAGAUACUCGCACUCAAUACAAUAUAGAAGAAUUCUAACAUGGUGAAGGAAGCAGAAAUUCGCAUGUCGAUAUGACGUUUACUACGAAUAAUCGUUCAAAUGUCAAAAAUUUGAUGAUGGCGAAACGAAAUGAAGUCCGUAGCAGACAAGUGCAUGAUCAGUUGAAAGCGGAUUUAAUCGAAAAUCUAUGAAAUAAAUUUGGUUGUUAUGUUUAAAAAACAAUUUCGUUCUUAUAUUUUAUCUAUUGUAUAUUUUUAAGUAUUUGUAAUAAAUUGUAAUCUUCUUUUUAAAUAACUAUGUGUUCAAUUAUA